AGAUAAAGAUGAGAGUAUGGAGUAUUUGAGUAUGCACCUGCCGGAGCUUAAGUUCGGUCGGAAGGAUGUAAAUGUUCAGGCGUACGAGCAGGCGCUUACCAGCUGGACGGAUGAUGUUCCCACGUGCAGGGAGAGUGGUGUUGGCUCAGCUAUAAACGAGCUAUACCGGAGGGAUGGAAGUAGAAUUCAAAUUCAUUCUUUUCAAGACAGAUCAUUUCGGUUUCGAGUAGAAGACUACGACCUCUGUGUUUACGGAGUAUUCGAUGGGUUCGGCGGAGCUCAGGUUGCAGAUUUUGUGACGAAGCGGAUACCGGCGGAACUGCUCUGGGGUCAACUCGUCCCGGAAAAGUCAGAUGAGGCUGUGAAAGAAACCCUACGUCAAGCUUUCAUUAGUGUUGAUAAAGAAUAUUUCGAAUCAAUAGGAGACAGAUUAGCUGCUAGAAUGGUAAUGCAGUGUGAUCCUCAGUAUUCCUCUAGCUCCCAGCUGGAGGAGCUGGAGGACCGGGUUCGGGCAGGCUCUGCUGGUGUACUGGCGGUUGUACUAGGAAACCGGUUAUUUGUCGCGAGUAUAGGAGACUGCAGAGCCCUUUUAUACAGAAGCGGCGAGAUUCUUCCCUUGUCCAUUGAUCAUACAAUAUAUAACGAAGACGAGCUUCUCCGUUUAUCUCAUCUUGGUGUCGAUCUCAAACUAGGAGUUUCCUACCCAGAGCUAGGAGAGAGAUCUUACACAAGGUGUUUGGGAAACUAUCCUGUGAAAGGUGGGUACAAGGAGUCAACCCUCCUUGCCUCCUGUCAAGACGAACCUGUGAUACCUGAACCUGAAGUUCUUGGAGGAAUUCCUAUCCAGGACUUCUCCUUCCUCCUCCUCUAUACGAAGUCUCUGUGGCACGCCGUGGCUGAAGCAACUGGAUGUCAAGAUCCGGAUUCAGAGAUUGCCGAACUUUGUAGAUAUUACUUCAGAGAAGAAUCAAGUUUAUCCGGAGUAGCCCAAGCAGUAGUUGACCAGGUUGUCCGGUUACAUCAUGACCGCCUGGAGGCUAGUGGAGGUAGAGCAGAUACAAGAGAGGACAUCACCCUUCUUAUCAGAGAGUUUGGAGGAUGCCGAGAACCUCGUGGGAAUACUCCGGGUAGAGGGUUGUCCAGAGGGUUGAUGGAUAAGAAGGAGGAGAAAACGUUAACCCGGAGUAGUGCAAGACCAUCCCGACCUACAAGAUCCAGUACAACUACUGAGAGUAGUGGAGUAUAUCUGGCAGGGAAAGAGAUACCUAUAGAUGAACACGGACGGAUACAACCCUACGUUGACUUUGCUCCGUUCUAUCAACUGUGGAACCAACGGAAGUUCUCUCAAGGUUCUUCGGAUAAGUGAGAAGACUGAUGGCAGAAACAGAAUGCAAGAAGACUAAUUAUUAUGUCAAACCAAAAGUAUUUUUUGCGUCCCAAAAUAGUAAUAAUCGAACAUUCCCUUCAUUCCGAAGCUGCUUAAAUAUUAACCGCCCCCCCCCCCCAACAAAAAAAAAACUCUUUCAGAAAAUGCGCAAAGUCAUAUCCCAGUUCAGGGAACUCGGAACUAUACUCUGAAAGAGCUUAUAAUUGACAAAGUCUUUCUGAAUUGUGCGUAUCUCGUGCAUGAGAUUUUUAUUUUACGAAAACUGUCACAAAUAAUUAGGCACGGGUUCAAAGUAGUGCUGGGCAUCUUAUUUGAUCUGCAUAUCAAACAAUCGGGGUGUUUUGGAUUUCAAGAAGUUUUGCAAAAAUUAUUGCUUUACAACUUAACCGGUUUGCAAAGUGCAUGAAGAACAAACUUUCGAAUAUCAAAAUUUCUAGUUUUUUGAGGAGAAACUUGACAAUCAAAACCCUUGAAUGUGAUUAAAUUGGAUCCUGACACUAUUUCUAAGUGAAGUUUCAUCCUUAAGUACAAGAAUAUAUGUAUUGUAUAACAUUUAUGUAUUAUAUGUAAUGUAUCCAAUAACUAGUCGAGUUGCUAUUAUUAUAAUAAAUGAAGUAAUUCUCUCGUUU